AUAGGAGACAACCUACAAUUUCAACAAUGGGCUUUUUUUUUUUUUUUUUCUUUUUCUGCUAUGAUUUUAGAAGCUGCCACUACACAUUCAAGGAAGCUGAUUUGAGAUCUUG